GUGGCCCUCUCACCCACAGUGUGAAGCAGACUGUUGACAGGUGAGGUGUCCAACGUCCGUCACUUGGUGGUGAAGCAGGAUGCAGUUGACAGAUUUGAAGAUGGCAUUCAUCAUGUUUCUCACAAAACCUGUGAUGUUCCUACUGGCAGUUACAUUCUUAUGUCGAGGUGGGGGUACUAUCCAGGUCGUAGAGUUCCAGAAGGACGGGAAGGCAACCCUGGAUUCUGUAGGCGUGUACAAUGGCACGCUGAACCGUGACAGAAGGAUGGACUCCCUCACGCUCUGCGCUCGCUUCCAGAUUUUUUUCUUACACAACCGAGGGACUUUUUUCCAACUCGAAGACUCCCCACAUAAAUUCGACUCUCAGCUGAGAGGAGAGUUGUGGCUGGACCGCGUAAGGCCAGUUAUCGCUCAUCGUUGGCAAUUCCAACUUCUCAAGACUAAACUGAGAACUUUCAAUUGGUACCACCUGUGCUUCACCUAUGACCACCAGAAGCACCUAUACAACACCUUCGUGGAUGGGGAGGUCGUCUACGAGCUGAACUACAACGUGGGCCGCCAGAUCUAUGGUGACCGCGCCCGUAUCGGCCAGGGAGGUCCUCUCUACCAGAGCUUCAGUGGUGCUCUGUCUCAGGUGAACGUAUGGGACUAUGUGGUGGCUGCGGAAACAAUUGCUGAUAUGGCAGCCUGCAGGAGCGACGUUCAGGGUAACUUCAUCUCGUGGCAGGCUGGCUGGAUACUCUCCAACUUCACGGAGUAUGAUGUUCCUCUGGAGCAUUUCUGCAAGCAGACGAAAGAUGCCAUCUACUUUGGGUUCCCUUCCCUGUCAAAAGAUGAGGCAUUUUACAUAUGUGAGGCUCUUGGCUCCCACCUGCCUCUGCCUACUACCGUGCCUGAGGCAUUCUCCUGGACCAACAUCUCCAAACGUAUCUGGCCGGAUUGGUUCGUUAUAGGAGGCUGCAACGGCUUCUUCUGGAGCUCCAUAAAUGACCUACGUGAUGAGGGCAUUUGGGUCACUCACUUCGACAACGCCCCUGUUACAAACAUACCCUGGAAAGAUGGGGAGCCGAACGGCCUGUUCUACGAGAACUGCGCCUUCGUGGAAACUGAAGGUAUAGCAGACAUUGACUGCCUCACCAACAGAAAGUGUGCUGUGUGCGAGUUCUCAGACCUGCAAAUUUUUUCCUUUCUGGGCACCUGUGAGCUACAGUUACGCAACAUUCACCUUAUUGCUUAUCAGGAAGAUCUUGGAGAGCUUCACUUUAAGGGGUACGGCGAGUAUCUCAUUCAUAAGGUGGGGGAAGAAUGGCUGUGGAUCAACGUAGUGCACAAUAAGACUAUGGCCAGACUAGAUCCAAGUGCGCCAUUUAACAUGCCAAUGGGGCGUCGUGUGUGGCAGCUUGAGACUACAGUUUGUGACCAGUCACAAGGUGCAAGGACUUUGCUCCUAACGACGUGUCAGUCAGACAGUUACACUUGUGAUGAUGCAACAUGUAUCCCACUCGAGAAUCGCUGUGAUCAAAAAUAUGACUGUUUAGAUAGAAGCGAUGAAGUUGACUGUGAACUGGUCAGUAUGCCUAAAGACUACAAGAUGAAUCUGCCGCCACGGCUUGGAAAUGACAAAGACGCCGCGAGCUUACCAGUUGCUUUCAAGAUCAGCAUUGAGUCCGCAACUAUCCAUACAACACAGAUGACUAUGCAGCUGUCAUAUGAGAUACAGAUGUUUUGGCUCGACAACCGCCUUACAUUCCGUAACCUAAAGGUGAACGACAGCCUCAACAAGGUACCUUACACGAGGAUGAUGAGUAUGUGGUGGCCUACUGUCGGAUUUGUCAACACGGAAGGGCAUCAACAUACGACAGUCGACUUAGAGUCAACGUUGAACCUCCUGCGUGAGCGAUCACCUGAGCGGAGGGCUAACAAUGUGCCGGGUGAAGUGGACCUCUUCCUGGGCAAGGAUAACUCCAUCCGGCUUACCAGGAAGUACAGCACCAUCUUCGUCUGUGACUUCAACUUAAUGCUGUAUCCAUUUGAUAUUCAGCACUGUGACAUGCACCUCAGGAUGCUCUCAGGCCCCAAGAACUACCUCAUGGUCGAUGACGCAGUCUCCUCCGCCAAUUACUACGGCAGCAAGCUGCUUCUCGAGUACCAGCUGGAGCAGCCCCAGCUGGUGUACGACAACAGUGGGGAGUUUAGCGAAAUAAGGGUGAAGAUCACACUCCAGCGACGCUCAGGUUACGCCGUUCUUAAUAUUUACACACCAUCCAUGAUCCUCCUCAUUAUCAGCUACGUGAGCCUAUUCUUCCGCUCAGAGAUCUUCGAAGUUCGGAUCAUGACUACACUGACGUCGCUACUUGUGUUGGCUACACUGUUUACCCAAGUCUCCGCGUCACUGCCCAAAACCUCGUAUUUCAAGAUGGUGGACGUGUGGCUUCUCUUCUGCAUCAUCAUAGGGUUCAUAAUCAUUAUUUUCCACACCAUCAUCGACUACUCCCUCAAGAAACACCAUAGUGGGGAUAGGGUGUCACCAUUCCCAGCACCCGUUAAGGGCCUGCACAUCCCCAUCACUGACCGCCAUGUUACCCAAACUUCCAUUAACGCUUUCUUGAAAUACUUGGGUUUUGGAAAAUCUAUUGAAGGCCUCAUCGUCAUUUCUCGCUUAAAUAUCCUCGCGAUCUUUACCUUCUUCAAUUUGAUCUAUUGGUCGUAUAUAUUUAGUUAACUUUUGUUGGCUUUGAUCUCAGUAAUAGAUCUUCGCCUACAAUGAGUUGACUUUGACCUCAGUAAUAGAUCUUCACCUAUAAUGAGUUGAAUUUUAUAAUAGAUCUUCACCUACAAUGAGUUGAAUUUGUAAUAGAUCUUCACCUAUAAUGAGUUAACUUUGACCUCAGUAAUAGAUCUUCACCUAUAAUGAGUUGACUUUGACCUCAGUAAUAGAUCUUCACCUAUAAUGAGUUGAAUUUUAUAAUAGAUCUUCACCUACAAUGAGUUGAAUUUGUAAUAGAUCUUCACCUAUAAUGAGUUAACUUUGACCUCAGUAAUAGAUCUUCACCUAUAAUGAGUUGACUUUGACCUCAGUAAUAGAUCUUCACCUACAAUGAGUUGAAUUUUAUAAUAGAUCUUCACCUACAAUGAGUUGAAUUUGUAAUAGAUCUUCACCUAUAAUAAUGAGUUGACCUUGACCUCAGUAAUAGAUCUUCACCUAUAAUGAGUUGAUUUUUACCUCAGUAAUAGAUCUUCACCUACAAUGAGUUGACUAUGACCUGAGUGGGAUUCAGCUACCAAAAAUUAGUUGCAUCUGAAUUAAUUCCGUUGUUUUGAGGUACGAAACUUUACAAAUCCUUAUGGCUACAAGUCUCUGGGGAAUAUGAAUUUAAAAAACUUAAUGUAACCCUUGGAUAGGUUUGACUUAGCUGGUAUCACCUGUAACGUAAAUUAUGUUUCAGUGUUUCAUGAUGGUCUUCUUUAACAAUAUACCUACAGCAACACUCCAGGUCGCCAACUUUACGUGGUCCUUACAGCUAUAGUCUGUUGGCAAGCUUUUUAUUGUUCCACUGAUUUUAUUUUUUUUUAUUGGGCACUCCCCUACAUCUUUGCGUAAGGUGAAGCGCAGAAGCGUUUACA